GGCGAGGCAACCACUUUGAGUCACAUGCUACAUUUACUGUGUUGUUAAAAAUUAAAGUUUAAUUUAUAACUAUUUUAUUCAGUUGGUUUAACUGAUGGGCAUAUAAGGAUCUUAAAGUUGUUUUCGUACAAAAUGGGGCGACACAUCCCAUUUCUUCUGCUCAUCCGGUUUCCGUCGUAUUCCUCAUCUUGGUCAAUCCAUCGAAAUCUAUCGCCCUUGUCGUCAUACAACGUCUGCUGGAAAUGUGGGACCCAAAACCAGAAUUUUGCAUCAUUGUCUUCGUCGCAGCCACGCCGUUCACGCCCGCCUCCCAUGUCGAAAAAGGAUAGACGACUCAACCGCGAGGCCGAAACGCCGGUUUAUGAGUACAACAAAAUCAACGUGACGAAGAACAGGUUAUACGUUUUUGGCACCGCAUACCAUGGGGAGAUUGGACUAGAAACCCUCAUCAGACCCAAGGACCCAGACACAAAGACACACCUCUUCAUGUGGAAACCUGUUCGACACAAGUUUGCUGAAUUUCAUGACCUGACUGAUAUCGUGGCUGGCCAUGGAUUCUCUCUUUUCUCAAUCAAGCCUAAAGGUGAAAAUUCACCGUUUGUUUUUGGUUGUGGGAGGAAUGGGUCAUCUCAAUUAGGCUACCAAGCUGCGAGGAAAGAUGGUCCGCUAGAGACGUUGUUAUCCAUAGUCCCCCUUCCCAUCUCCGGGGGAAAGAACUCUCGUGUCUUAGCCAUUGGCGCAGGUCGUGCCCAUUCGCUUGUCUCCGUCCGAGGGGAGGGUCUCUUCAGUCUGGGAGACAACUCGAGUGGUCAGUGCGGAAGACGAGUGAUCACAGACGAGGCCUACUUUGGUUCCAAAUAUGUUCACAAGUUUAACAGGUUCAAGGAAGACGAAGUAGUGGCGAUUUCCUCAAGAUUUGAUGUCUCGAUAUGCGUGACACAGAGUGGUCGAGUGUUUACUUGCGGGACAAACAAUAAGGGCCAGCUUGGCCGUGGGAAAGACAAUAAAUUCUGGGAUUUUCAACAAGUGGGCGGGGAUUUACAGGGAGAAUGUGUGAAGAAAGUGGUCACAUCUGGUUCCAGUGUCAUUGCCCUCACUGAGAACGGUCAACUUUUUUCGUGGGGUUGCAACGAAGUGGGCCAAGCAAAUCCGAACGAACCUGGCAAGAUUUUAUAUCACCCUCAAUAUGUCAAGCUGCCUCCUGGAAUUGAUAAGGUGAUCGACAUUGCAAUGGGAGACUACUUUGCCUUUCUGCUCAAUCAACAAGGGAACGUUUAUGUAUGGGGCUAUGGGUCAAGUUUAGGCCUUGGUCCAACCACGACUCGGGUUAAGACACCCACCCAACUCCCACCCCCACUUUUUGGGUGUAACCAAUUUUCCCCGGAUGUCCAAGUUGUCAACAUAGCUGCCAGUUUCAUGUACAAUGCAGCAAUCAACUCUUUGGGGGACUUGUAUACUUGGGGUCAGGACCAGAAUGGAUGUCUUGGGCUGGGAAAAAUGAAGCAUCAAUAUUUUCCACUUCGAGUUGGUCUUGGUGGGGCGGCGAGAAAAAUUAGUCUAGGUAUUGAUCAUAGCUUAGUCAUUGCUCGGGGUGGUGCUUAACUUUAAUAGAAGUAAAGACGACGGAGUUUAAAUAAUUUAAUUGUUCUGAAUAAAAGUGGUAUUUAUAUUUUCUCAUGAAA